UAAAAACCCUGCAGCGUGACAGACGGACACUUUCCACGUCAGUCGGACAGUCAGACGGACAGACGGCCAAAGACGACACCCCCUUUUCUUCUCUAACAACACAACUCAGUCAGGAUGUCCAUCACUAAGAUUCACGCCCGGGAGAUUCUGGACUCCAGAGGAAACCCCACAGUGGAGGUGGACCUGUGGACUGCCAAGGGUCACUUCAGGGCAGCUGUCCCCAGCGGUGCGUCCACUGGAGUCCAUGAGGCCCUUGAGCUCCGUGACGGAGACAAGUCCCGUUACCUGGGCAAAGGAACUCUGAAGGCUGUGGGUCAUAUAAACAAGGACAUCGCCCCCAAGCUGCUGGAGAAGAAAUUCAGUGUUGUUGAGCAGGAGAAGAUCGACAAGUUCAUGUUGGAGUUGGACGGAACUGAGAACAAAUCUAAGUUCGGUGCUAACGCCAUCCUGGGCGUGUCGCUGGCCGUCUGUAAGGCCGGAGCAGCGGAGAAGGGAGUUCCUCUCUACCGCCACAUCGCCGACCUCGCCGGACACAAGGACGUCAUUCUUCCUGUUCCUGCCUUUAACGUCAUCAACGGAGGAAGCCACGCUGGAAACAAACUGGCGAUGCAGGAGUUCAUGAUUCUUCCCGUCGGAGCGUCGAACUUCCACGAGGCCAUGAGGAUCGGAGCUGAGGUUUACCACAACCUGAAGAACGUGAUCAAGGCGAAGUACGGCAAAGACGCCACCAACGUGGGAGACGAGGGCGGCUUUGCCCCCAACAUCCUGGAGAACAAUGAGGCUCUGGAGCUGCUGAAGACGGCCAUCGAGAAGGCCGGAUACCCCGACAAGAUCAUCAUCGGCAUGGACGUGGCGGCCUCCGAGUUUUACCGCAACGGGAAGUACGACCUGGACUUCAAGUCCCCCGACGACCCGGCCAGACACAUCAGCGGAGAGAAGCUGGGAGAUCUGUACCGCAGCUUCAUCAAGGGUUACCCCGUCCAGUCCAUUGAGGAUCCAUUUGACCAGGACGACUGGGAGCACUGGGCCAAGUUCACCGCCUCCACUGACAUCCAGAUCGUAGGAGACGACCUGACUGUGACCAACCCCAAGAGGAUCCAGCAGGCCGUGGACAAGAAGGCCUGCAACUGUCUGCUGCUCAAGGUCAACCAGAUCGGCUCCGUGACCGAGUCCAUCAAGGCGUAAGA